CGUCUGGUUCCGUCUCCCCGUCCCGAACUCGGCGACUCCAAUGGCGCCGCCGACGCCGACGGCGGUGAUACCGCGGGAGGCGUGGGAGGGGUGCAGCGUGCUCCUCGACAUCAACGACGGCGACCGCCUCGCCUUCUUCCGCCUCACCCCCGGCGCGACGGUGAAGAUAGGUGACAAGAGCUGCUCGCUGCAGCCGCUGCUCGGCCGCCCCUUCGGCUCCCUCUUCCGCCUCGGCCCCGACGGCCUCCUCCCCUGCAACACCGCCGCCCCCGACGCGCCGUCCCAAGAUGACAAGCCGCGAGACGCUGGCCAGGCGCAGGACGAGACCAGGGACAAUAGGUCCCUGGUCGACAACAACACCGCGCAGACGCUGUCCAGCGAGGACAUCGACACGAUGAAGCGGGAUGGUGCUAGCGGCAACGCGAUCGUGGAGGCUUUGAUAGCAAACAGCUCCACAUUUGGAAAUAAGACCGUGUUCUCGCAGGAGAAAUACAAGCUCAAGAAACAAAAGAAAUAUGCGCCUAAAGUGCUUUUGCGACGCCCUUCUAGCAGGAGCAUUUGUGAGACAUACUUCAAGAAGUACCCAGCUCGAAUAGGGUUUAUGCGAGUUGAUGCGCUCUCCCUCUUGUUGUCUAUGGCAAAUGUUGGUGCAUAUUCAGAUGUGCUUGCCGUUGAUAUGGUUGGGGGUUUAGUUGUUGGAGCUGUAGCUGAACGCUUAGGAGGUACAGGAUAUGUUUGUAGCACGUAUCUUGGAUCAGCGCCCAGCUCCAUAGACAUAAUAAGAAUGUAUAAUUUGAACAGCGAGAUGACCAGCAGGAUUUUCCAGGCACCACUUAGCGACUUGUGCUCCUUGAGAAGUUCUGGCAAUGCUCCUGGUAGCGUUCAAGGUGAUGUGGUUGAACAUAGUUCAGUACCAGACGAGAGUCUUCAGUCAUCCCUGAAAAAACCAUCCGAUACAGAAGUAUCAGAUGGGAAUGCGCAAUCAACGACAGUGCAGCCAACUGUUGUAGAGGCCCCUGAGCCUGCAACAGAUGAGCACCUUAAUCAAGGUGACAUUCCAAUUGAUAUAGAUGCCCCUGAGCCUGCAAAGAAUGAGCACCUUAAUCAAGGUGACAUUCCAAUUGAUAUAGAGGCCCCUGAGCCUGCAACGGAUGAGCACCUUAAUCAAGGUGACAUUUCUAUGCCGGAGUGCAAAGGAAAUAAUGGCAAUCCAAUAGCUCCCAAAGCACUGAGAGCAGGAAAAGCACCCUCACCGGAGAGGAAGAAAUAUUGGGGAGAACAUGGCUUUAGCAGUUUGAUUGUUGCUGCUCCUGGGCACGAGGUGGAGAGUGUGGUUGCUGAUUUGCUUCCACUCUUGUCUUAUUCGGCCCCAUUUGCUAUCUAUCACCAGUAUCUUCAGCCUCUUGCGACUUGCAUGCAUAGUUUGCAAGUAUCAAAGAUGGCUAUUGGCUUACAGAUUACCGAACCCUGGCUUCGAGAGUAUCAGGUCCUUCCAUCGCGCACCCACCCACACAUGCAGAUGAAUGCGUUUGGUGGGUAUAUAUUGAGCGGCAUCCGGAUACACAAGCCAGACCCGCAGAACAUGGGAGUGCCAGAGAAGUCAUCUGGCAUGACGGAGAGCGUGCUUGUCACAGUGAUUUAUACUUGAUUCACGCAGUUGUAGUUCUAUUUUCCGUAUGGGUUGUGGUAAUACGGUUAUGUCGCGGCCUAGCUAGGUCUGAGGAAGAUUGCGUGUGCACUUGAAAACAGGCAUGCCAUCCCUAACCUGUGAGAAGGGCAUGUAACAUAUGCCGGCAUUGUAUACUUGUUGUAACCGUGGUCGAUUCACAUCCCAGUUUUGAUUAAUUCACUCUUUCUACAA